AUGGAAAAGACCGCAAAUCUAGACCCUAAAAUGAAGAAGGGAACUCCAAAUUUGGGUUUGAAAAGCACUUCAAAAGAUAGCGAGGGGAAAAACUCAAGUUCUAAAAUAAACUUGAAUUUGGGUCCAACAAAAGGGGAAGAUACAGAAUUGAAGAAGAUUCCACUUUUUGUAAUGAAGCCUUAUAUGAGGACUCCGAAACUCCUUCUAAACAAUUAUUGUCAAAAGGAAAAAAGACCAAAGCCCAUUUACAACAAGCUUGCAGCAAGUAAAGGAAUGUUUAGGUACGUAGUGAUAUUGACUGAUCCGAAAGGUAAGGAGGAAAAUUCAAUGAGAUUUGAAACAAAGGAAUCUUUUAUCAACAAUGAACUUGCUCAACAUUAUGCUGCCUUGCUUGCUUUAAAACAUUUAGAGGGAUCAAGACCCUUAUAUAAAUUGUUUCCAGCUCCGCUUGAUGAGGCCUGGUUAUCAAUGGAAACAGACCAUCCUUUAGUUUCAAGAGGUAAUGAAUUUGUUUCCCAAAAAGAAAAGGCACUUUUUGAGAGCGAAAAGACGAAGAAACAGGCAGAAAAGAAGAACAAGAUGGAUAUAACUGGUCAAAAACAAAAACUAGAGAUUCCAACCUUAUCAAUGAGCUAUAAUAUAAGGAAGAGGACUAUAGGAAUUGUAAACAAACACUUUCCAAUGUUGUCUAAAUCUUAUAGUUUCAAAUCCUGGCUUUUUGAUAAUUGCAGUACUUUUUCAGGAUUACCAAGAUCAGUAUCAAAGCCAAAAUUGGUUUCCUUGAGUUUAGAACAUAUGAGCGAAACAAAUAAGGGGAAAUAUUCGACUUUUUUGAAAUUUAAUGGUUUAAAUAUAAAGAUGGUAUCUUUGAGUUUAAAAUAUUGGUUCGGGGUUGAAAAUAAAGAUAAGGAAGCAAUUAUAAAGCUAAUAGAAUCAUGUGGUUUCGACACUGAAAAAUCUACAGCAGCUCUAAAUGUGGUUAUCAAAGAGAUUGAAGAGUACAAUAAGUCUAGAAAAGAUUCGUUUCAAUUACAAAAAGGAGUAUAUAUGGAUCAUUUUAGAAUUUCAAAUAUUUGCAUUGUUACAGAUAUAGAUAUUUCAACCUAUCCAAAGCAUUAUGUUGCUUGGUUAUGUAUAAUGUGGUUGUCAAUUCAUCUAAAGGAAAAUGAUCUACCACGUUUAAUUACUCCCAAAAAGGCUCAAAUUGAGGUUAAAGACUACUCCACUUCAAAGACACCAAAUAAGGAAGAAAUUGGAUUGAUUAAUGAUCAAAUUAAGAAUUUGUUUAUUUCAAGUUUAGAGAGUAAUUCCAAGCAAGAUAAUACGGUGGAAGAUCAAAACAAAAAUAUUUCAAGACAUUCCCCUCAAUCUAAUAGUUCUUUUAAAGUUUUUAGGUACGAACACCUUUCUGCCUCAAAGAAUGCUGAAAAAAUUGUUGAAAAGCUUAAAUAUAAUCAAAUCCUAGUGGUUAAAGGAGAGACAGGUUGUGGAAAAACUACUCAAAUUCCUAUUUUAGUUUAUGAAGGAAUUACUCAAUUCACUGAGGGAAUGAUAUAUUGUAGUGAGCCAAGAAGAUUAGCAGCAGUAUCGGUUUCUACGAGAGUUAGAAGCGAAGUUAUGAAAGAAAAUCGAUUAGUAAAAAAAGAUCUCAUUGGUUAUUCUGUUAGGUUGGAUCAUAGUGUUACUAAUAACACCAGAUUGGUUUACUGUACUCAUGGAAUUUUGAUUAAUAUUAUCAAAUCAGAACUAAUGGGUAUUUCUCGUAAUUCUGACAUAGAUACACAACAAUUUAGGAUUCCAACCAAUUCAGUUCUUAUUUUAGAUGAAGCACAUGAAAGGUCAUUGGAUGUUGAUCUAUUGUUAUACUUCAUGAAACAGCUUGCAUACCAGAGAAGUGAUAUUAAGCUUGUAAUCAUGAGCGCUUCUAUUGAUGUCUUAGAAUUUGUUAAAUAUUUUAAUAAAUCAUUCAAUGAUGAAAUUCAGUCCAACAUAAAUGACUCUGAGAUACAAGAACAAAGUAAAUAUAUUAAUAAAGAAGAAAUCUUCAAGAUUGAUACAAUAAACCUUCCUGGUAGAACUCCUUUUCCCAUUGAAAUUUCAUAUCUACCAAUUAAACAAAAGAACCAUAUAAAUAAUCAAUUUAAAGAAAACAAUGACGCUUCUAUUCAAGAUUAUGAGGAUUUCUCUGACUUGGAAAGUAAUAUUUGCAAGCCUUUGGAUAUCCCUAAGCUUAAAGACCAUGUUUUAAACAUUAUCAAAUCUCUUGGAGACCAGGAAGGAUCUGUUUUAAUUUUUUUAGGAGGUAUUGCUGAUGUUAAUCACCUAACAAAGCUCCUAAAAAGAGAGUUUGAGGAAAAUGAACAAGAUCGGGAAUACUGUGAAGAUUUUACAGAAAAAAUACAACUUCCUAUCCCAUUAUACGUUCUCCCCUGCCAUUCUAAUGUCAAUUAUAAUGAACAACUUGAAAUCUUUAAACCUGUCAAAGGUAAACGAAAGGUAAUUGUAUCUACCAAUAUUGCAGAAGUUUCACUUACUAUUGAGGAUAUUAGAUUUGUUAUUGACACUGGUAGAGUCCGAAUUUCCAUUUAUGACCCUAUAAGACACGUCACCUCUUUGCAAGAAGUAUUUAUUUCAAAAUCAUCAGCUCAACAGAGAAUGGGUAGAGCUGGCAGAACUGCCCCAGGAAAAUGUUUCCGUAUAUUUUCUCAAGAAGAAUUACAGUCUCAACCCCUUGAAAUUACUCCAGAAAUUCUUAGACUUCCUAUUGAACAUAUUAUUCUCGAUAUAUUAUGUUAUUUAGGAGAACUUCAUUCUGAUAAGGAUUCAAAUAUUCAUAAUUAUCGAGGCUUGAGAAACUCAUUUAAGUUAAUCCAGUUAAUUCACUCACUUCAAGAUUUCUUCACUCCUCCAAAACUCUCAUCUAUUGAAACUUCAUUACUCUCAUUACGUAAUUACGGGGCCCUCGAUGACCAUUUCAAUAUCACUCCUCUUGGAGAACUUCUUAGCAGAUGGCCAGUGGAUCUAAGCAUUGGAAUAUUAUUCAUAUAUGGUUUAAUAUUUGAUUGUAUUGACCCCAUAGUUACCAUAGCAUCAUUUCUAACAUGUGAAAUACCAUGGAAACUUGAAGAAAGACGUCUUCCUAAAUCUUCAACCAAUUGUGAUUAUAUGAUAUUCAUUAAAGUUUACAACUUUUAUAUUGAACAUUUUAAAACAGUUUCUAACUAUAAAACUUCAAAUCUACAAAAUAUUGAAAAUCAUCAGUUACCUUUUGAUCCUAAAUGUUUGGAUAUCUCAAAAAUGGAAACCAUCUACCAAACUAAAAAACAUCUUCUUAGGGUUUUGUCUAUUCAAAAUCAUACAGAAAAUUUGGAUGAAACUUCUAUCUUUUCAAAAUGGAAUCUAAUUCAAACUUGUCUUGCUGCUUCACUUUAUCCAAAUGUUGCUUGUAUUCGUCUUCCAAAAAAAAUCAAGUACGUAGAAUCUGGAAGUGGUUUAUUUGCUGAAACUAUUCAAUUUAAUAAGUUAAUUCUCUUCAGAAAAAACAGAUUAUCAAAAAAGUCUAUUGGCUAUUUCUUUAACCCUCAACCAAAAGAAAAACCUAUUACUAUAUCCCAAGCAUAUGAUCUUCUUAAAGACUCAGAAGAUGUUUCUAGAGUAUUCCUUUCUGAAUCCAGUGCCAUCUAUAACAGAAUGUAUGAUCUUGGUACCUAUCAUUGCAUUAUGUAUAUGAGCUUAUUUCAAUCUUUUGCUCAAAAGAGAACCGUUUUAAGAUUCCCAAUCUCAACAUCUAUGUAUUCUCUUUUAUUAUUUGCAUCUGACUCACUUCAAUUGAACCCACUUUCUCUAAUCAAUCAAAUGAAAAAAGCAUCUCUUGAUCCCAAUUUAAACAACUUAAAAAAAAAUAAAACACUACCUGAUCAUGAUAUUGGCCAAGAGGAUUCUCUUAAUCAUGUUUUAAUUGAUGAUUGGAUUCUUUUACAGUGUCCUGGACAAAUUCAAAGUAUUCUAUGGUAUUUCAGAUAUGUGGUUAGAGAGUUUAUUCAAUUCUUAUCUCAGAAAGAUUAA